UUCCCUUCUCCCUUCUCCCUUUUCCUCCCUUUUCCUUUCGUUCCGUUCUUCUCCUCUUCUCUUGUCGUCCUCUCUGUUCGUCACCCCCUUACUCUCGUCAUCGCCAUCAACGAUCCUCCGAAUUCUUGUCGGCAAGCCUGCUUGGUAUGACUUCGUUCGCCGACGAUAAGCCCCAGAAUGGCUCCGCCCUGGCUCCAGGCUCUGACGUAGAGCUCCCCGCGCCCCAAACCAACUCGUCUUCCCCUCCUCCUCCUGGCCAAGCAUUGACUGGCAAACAAGAGCAUUACCUGAAGCGCGAACUCGUCUCCCACCAAGUCAAGUACGAGAUACACGAGCUCAACUCCCCAACCGCACUCAAGCGAUUCGGCGCCCCCUUCAAGUCCGACUAUGGCGAGGUCUCUCCCUUGGAUUCCGAACUCCCCGUCCUCCGUUACAUUUUCGUUCACCAUGUCCGCGACUUUCCCUUCCUCGAUAAGGCUAGGGAGAAGGAGUUUUGGCAAGACAAGUUGCAAGUUUUUCUCGAAUCCUUUGCUACCAAACACAUCUCCUCGUCCGAAGACCGUCUCGAGGAGACCAAACGACGCAAGCUGGCCAUCAAGUGCCAGAAGCUUGUGGAACUCAUGAUGGUAUCCGGUGUCAAGACCUCGUCUGGUUUCGAAGAGCGCAUUCGCUUCUCCGAGAUCGAGGUGGUCGACAGCAAUGCCAUCGACACCGGCGUUAUGCAUACCCUGCCCGAAGGCAACUACCUCAACGGCUGGGACGUCAACGUGGCUGGCGUGCGCACCGUGCAGAUCAGGAAAACGAUAAAACAUCAUAGACAUGCUGAGUACAUGCUGCGCAUCAAGAGGAAAGGUCAGCUCGAGUUCUUUGUCAGUCGGCGUUAUGGCGAUUUUGUCAAAUUACAGAAGAGACUGCGCCUGGAGGUACCCGGGAAAGUCCUGCCCACCUUACCCAAGAAGAACAAGUCCAACACGACGACAUCUGGCUUGUUUCCUGGCGUCACAGGUGGCCGGGACGACGAUGCGUCUUCCGUGUCUUCGGUGUCGACGCAGCUCACCAAUCUUGGAGUCGGCGAGAACUCGAACUCGCAGAACCUUACAGUGCAGGAUCAUCGACGACCUGGAUCGAUUUCUUCCACCGGGCGAGCCUCCCCACGCGCCUCGUUCGAUAGCAGGAGGAGUCCAGCGCCUUUUAUUGGGAAGAAGAGCGAAUCCGUGACGCUCCGGCGGGAGGCGCAGAGAAUCUCCCUGAGGGCGUUCCUCCGCUCUCUCCUCUCCAACCAGCAGAUCGCGCGGAGCAAAGCGAUGGAGGAGUUCCUCACGAGCGAACCAAUCACGCCGACGGAUGCCGACGUCGAAGACAUCGCCAACCGGAAGGCGGCCGACGAGCAGCGGAUGGAGGAGCAAAAGAAGUUUUACGAGAUUGCGAGGAAACGCGCAGCCGAGCUUGACAUAUACAUGGAAGAGUUUCGUCGCGACAUCAUCGAGCGGAACGGCCUGACCAAACUUUUCAAGGAGAUCAAGGAGAAGUCGACGAUUGAGGACCUGAGCAUCCAAUAUCGAAAGUUCGCCGAGUGGCUGAGGAUCGAGGUGGCCGCUACCAUCUACCACCUCUUCCUUGCCGAGGACAAUUCCCCCGAGCUGUUCGCCCAAGCCAAGAGGAUCCACUCACUCAUCCCGUACACGGUGAUGAAGAACGUCAUCAGGAUCGCAAACCCGGCAGCGGUGAUGUCCAGCGUGCUAGACAUCUUCCUCGCACAGCCGUUCGGCACGCGGUCGCUGAUGCAACGCAUCUUCACCAUGACCCUCCACGACGGCAUCCGCAGCUUCCAGCGGUCGAUCGACGGCCUCGCGGCCCGGAUCGGGGAUGACGUGUUGGUGCAGAAGCUGAAGGCGUACACGGAUGCGGACGAGAGCGUCAAGGAGCUGAUUCGCGAGGAGUCCAUGGCCGAGGACAUGGACAUCAUCGUGGUGAUUCUGCGAUCGGAGUACCUGGAGCCUGCCCUCACAUCGGCGCAGAUCGGGCGGUUGUACAAUGCCUACGUGGCGUUCAACAGCGCGGUGGAGAACGUGGACGAGGAGCUGAAGCACGGCGCGCAGCUCUUUUCGAACCUCAAGCAGCUGCUGAAGCUCUACCUUCGGCAACGGGACAAGGCGAUGAUGCUGCAGCUCAUCGAGGAGCCGGUCACGCUGCAGCUGUUCCGCGACCUGUUCACGAUCUUCUACGAGCCGCUGGUGCGGGUGUACAAGUCGGCGAACGUGUACGACAGCGUCACGGAUUUCGCCGUGUUCAUCGACGACAUGAUUCAGGUGGUGGAGAAAUGCCAGGAGCAGGAUGCUUCGGCCGACCCGAACCAGACGGUGCAGAGCUUCAUCGACCUCUGCCAGCGGCACGAGCACAACUUUUACAAGUUUGUGCACGAGGUGCACACGCACGACAACGGGCUGUUCGACCAGCUCAUGGGCUGGAUCGAGGGCAUCCUGGAGUUCCUGCGCAAGGGGCCGAUGAACGGGACGCUGAACGUCAACGCGCUGUUCGAGGGGGCGGUCAGCACGGGGGUGGUGGACAAGGAGAAAGUGAUGGACGAGGCCAACCGGCUGAUCGCGUGGCAGGAGGCGCGCAAGAAGUGGCACCAGGACAAGACGCGGCAGAAGAUGGCGGCGGACGGGGUGGGGUCGGCGGACCACGUGCCGGGCAGCGGGGCGUUCAAGUCGUCGGACUUUGGGCUGGACCAGACGGACCUGGACGACAUGGCGUACGACUACGACUCGGAGGAGGAGCAGGAGGCGGAGGAGGAGGACGACAUGGACCCGAUCUCGGCGGAGAGGCAGCGCAGGGCGAAGAAGAGAGAGCGGCUUCGUCGGCGGGCGGGCGAGCCUGAGAAGCCCGAGGUGUCGGAGGUUUAUAAACUCCAAGACAACUUUCUGCAUCUGAUCCCCCGACUUCCAAUAUCCCGACGACCGAAACCGAGGGCAUCUCGGGUCAUUGCGAAUGGCCCUGUGCGCGCAAAGGAGGCAUCGCCUUUCGUGAGCAACAAGUACGCCGUCAUUGACCACGAAUACGAUGCGAUCGUCGUCGGUGCCGGUGGUGCGGGUCUCCGAGCGGCCUUCGGUCUCGCCGAGGCUGGCUUCAACACGGCCUGUAUCUCCAAACUCUUCCCCACCCGUUCCCACACCGUCGCUGCGCAGGGCGGCAUCAACGCCGCGCUCGGAAACAUGCACGAGGACGACUGGAGGUGGCACAUGUACGAUACCGUCAAGGGGUCCGACUGGCUUGGCGACCAGGACGCUAUCCACUACAUGACCCGGGAGGCGCCGGCUUCGAUUGUCGAGCUCGAGAACUAUGGGUGCCCUUUCUCCCGGACGGAGGACGGCAAGAUCUACCAGCGUGCCUUUGGCGGGCAAUCGAAGGACUUUGGCAAGGGCGGUCAGGCCUAUCGAUGCUGCGCCGCCGCUGAUCGAACCGGCCACGCCCUCCUCCACACGCUCUACGGCCAGUCUCUCCGCCACAACACCAACUACUUCAUCGAGUACUUUGCGCUCGACCUGAUCAUGCAGGACGGCGAGUGCCGCGGUGUUCUCGCGUACAACCAGGAGGACGGCACCCUGCACCGGUUCCUGGCCAACAACACGGUCCUGGCCACCGGCGGCUACGGCCGUGCCUACUUCAGCUGCACGUCGGCCCACACCUGCACCGGCGACGGCAUGGCCAUGGUGGCGCGUGCCGGCCUGCCCAACCAGGACCUCGAGUUUGUGCAGUUCCACCCUACGGGCAUCUACGGCGCCGGCUGCCUGAUCACCGAGGGCGCGCGUGGCGAGGGCGGCUACCUGCUCAACUCGGAGGGCGAGCGGUUCAUGGAGCGGUACGCGCCCACGGCCAAGGACCUCGCGUCGCGCGACGUGGUGUCCCGGUCGAUGACGAUGGAGAUCCGCGGCGGCCGCGGCGUGGGUGCGGAGAAGGACCACAUCUUCCUGCAGCUCAGCCACCUGCCGGCCGAGGUCCUCCACGAGCGUCUCCCCGGCAUCUCGGAGACGGCGGGCAUCUUCGCGGGCGUCGACGUGACCAAGCAGCCCAUCCCCGUGCUGCCGACGGUGCACUACAACAUGGGCGGCAUCCCGACGCGGUACACGGGCGAGGUGGUCACGGUGGACGACAAGGGGCAGGACAAGGUGGUGCCGGGCCUGUUCGCGUGCGGCGAGGCGGCGUGCGUGUCGGUGCACGGGGCCAACCGGCUGGGGGCCAACUCGCUGCUGGACCUGGUGGUGUUCGGCCGGGCCGUGUCGCACACGAUCCGCGACAACUUCACGCCGGGCCAGAAGCUGAAGCCCAUGGAGGCGGACGCGGGCGCCGAGCACAUCGAGGUGCUGGACCAGGUGCGGACGGCGGACGGGUCCAAGAGCACGGCGGAGAUCCGGCUGGCGAUGCAGAAGGCCAUGCAGACCGAGGUCAGCGUGUUCCGGACGCAGGAGAGCUUGGACGAGGGCGUCCGGCUGAUGAAGGAGAUUGAUGCCAUGUUCCCACAGGUGGGCAUCAAGGACCGGAGCAUGAUCUGGAACUCGGAUUUGGUGGAGACUCUGGAGUUGAGGAACCUCUUGACUUGCGCGAUCCAAACGGCCACUUCUGCCGCCGCUCGCAAGGAGUCUCGUGGUGCCCACGCGCGCGAGGACUACCCCGACCGCGACGACGAGAACUGGAUGAAGCACACGCUCUCGUACCAGAAGGAGCCGCACGGCAAGGUCGAGCUGUCGUACCGCGGCGUCAUUCAUAACACGCUAGACGAGAAUGAGUGCAAGCCUGUUCCUCCGUUCAAGCGUGUGUACUAAAUUCAUUGGGGAAGAAUGUCGGGGGGGAGAGACACAAGAGCAAGAGGCCACAAGCCACAAAAGUAGGUGUUAUUUGCACAAGGGACGUACAAGACUUUCCUCCCUCCCUAGGUCCUGUCGGGGGGAAUCGUCCAUGAUACCACGGAGAGGUGGGGGAUGGUCAGGGCUUGAGGCCUGGCAUCGGAUUUGGCUUGGGAAGAUGGGAGGGCCAAAGUGUAUCUUAAAGAGUCGGAUUUAUUCUGCAUUGGCUCUGGUGUUAGAUGUCCGUGUCCGUGUAAAGAAAGGGGAAAGAUUAAAAUAUUCAGUGUCAGUUCAGUUUGAUUUGGUCCAUGUUCUACGGUCUACGUGAUAUAUCGUGAUAUAUCAUGAUUGCAGGAUAUAUGAUUCCAACUCGGGCCUUGGAGGAUGCAAAUAGUGACAACAAGAACGACAUGAUCAGGUG